AGCUAACGUGGACAGUCCGGUGGGAAUUAAAAAAAGAUUGGUUGUAUUUUGAAAAUUGCGUGUUUUCCCAACAUUAUUUGGAGAAGGAAAGGCUUGAAAAUGUUACCUAAUUGAGAUAUUUUACUGAUUUAUUUACAGAAAUGUUAUUAGACAUAUGAUUUUUUUUUUUUUAAAGCCUCCAUACGUACGUAAAUGCUCCGUGAUAAUUAGGAUUCCUUUUGUUAUAGUCGGUGCUUGAGAAAUUUUUUGGCAUUUUACUCUGAAGACAGAGAGAUUCAAGCUCCUCAUAAAACUGAGACAGACUUGUUAAUAAGUUGGAAUUAUACGGGGCAUGAUACUAUGGAUCGCCUAGACAAUGCAGCACGCGUUAUGCUAGUUUCAGAUCUUGACUACACAAUGGUUGAUCAUAAUGAUUCUGAGAAUAAUGCUCUCUUAAGGUUCAAUGCACUGUGGGAAGCAUAUUUUCGCCAUGAUUCCCUACUGGUGUUUUCUACGGGGCGAUCACCUAUUAGCUACAAAGAGUUGAGGAAUGAAAAACCCUUGCUUACUCCAGAUAUAACUGUUAUGUCUGUGGGAACUGAGAUUGCUUAUGGGGAUUCUUUCGUGCCUGAUGUUGAUUGGGAACAAUCUCUCAAUCACAAGUGGGAUCGAAAGAUUGUGACAGAAGAAACUGAUAAGUUUUCCGAACUUGUGCUUCAGUCUGAAACUGAGCAGCGGCCUCACAAGGUUAGCUUCUUCGUGGACAAGGCCAAGGCGUCCAAAGUGAUUGAGGUUCUUGAAGCACGCCUAGUAGAAAGAGGGGUAAAAUUUUCUGACAUCAAAAUUAUCUAUAGUGGCGGGGUUGCUCUGGAUGUGUUGCCAAGAGGAGCUGGCAAAGGACAGGCUCUCUCAUACCUAACGAAUAAAUUUGAUGGUAAAACUCCUAGGAACACUCUUGUAUGUGGUGAUUCGGGAAAUGAUGCCGAGCUGUUCAGUGUUCCAGGAGUUUAUGGUGUCAUGGUCAGUAAUGCACAAGAAGAGUUAUUGCAAUGGCAUGCAUUAAAUUUGAAAAACAACCAGAAUAUACUUCAUUCCUCUGAAAGAUGUGCUGCUGGUAUCAUACAAGCCAUUGGCCAUUUUGAUCUAGGGCCUUGUAUAUCACCAAGGGAUAAGAUGGACUCUUUGGAAUACUCAAAGCAAAAUAUGAAUCCGGGAUUUGAAGUUGUUAAUAUGUAUCUGGCUUGUGAGAAAUGGCAACGUGGAGAAGUUGACAAGUCUGAGAAAUUUAUUCAGAACUUGAAGUCAAAUUUUCUUUCAUCAGGGGUCUUUGUCCAUGCUUCUGGAGUAGAGAAACCUCUCUAUGACUGCUUAGAUGCAUUGGAGAAGUCUUAUGGACAUAUGCAAGGUCGCCGAUUUACGGUGUGGGUUGAUCGAGUUUCUUCUGCUCAGAUUGGUUCUGAUACUUGGCUUGUGAAAUUCGACAAGUGGGAAUUGUCAGGUAAGGAGUGCCGUUGCUGUUUAACAACAGUUUUACUGAACUUAAAGCCCAAAGGAUUCACUUGGAUGCAUGUACACCAGACAUGGAUGAACGGAAGCACGUUAGAAACUGAAAGGGUGUGGCUGUUCUAGAACCUUGACUAAGAAGGUCGAAGUAUACCUAAAAGAAGGAAUGACAAUUACUAUUGGAGGUUGUUCGUUCAUGGGUAGAACCGUAGAAGUGCUAAAUAUCUGGGGAAAAUAACUAACUUCUCCUUGCUUCUCUUCCAGGAAUGGAUAUGGAGUUAUAAGUUUCAUAAAACCAUGUAAGUUACAGAUACAAUGGUGCUGAUAAGGGAGACAAAUUAAACGUCCCUGUACACUGCUUGCUGUUAUAGAUAAAGGGUUUGGUUAGAGCAGUGUAUGCAUUUUUAAUCACAUGAAUGCAAUUUAUACACAA